AUUUUAUAGAAUGGCAUCUAAUUUAUUAGAUAAUUUGGAUGGAGAGGUUCGUGAAGGUUUACUGUGUCCCAUUUGUUUUAAUGAUUUCCACACUAUUGAGCAGUUACAAGAUCACUUUUCAGUUGCACACAUUUCUGAAGAACCAGAUGUAUUACAUAUUUUUAAAGAGUUCAUAGGAAAGGCAAAGAAAAAAUUACUGAAACAAGAUGAUGAAAAUUCUUAUUCACACAGUGAAUUGGAAGACUCUGUUUCUUUUAAUCAAUGUAAUACAGAGUAUACAAGAGAGCCACAACAGUUAGGAGUUAUGUCAAGACAUACAGAUUAUUUUCGUAAGAUUAGAGACACUCGUGUUGAUCAAUAUGUGAUUGAAACUAAUAAACUUCUUAUUAGACUUGAUAAGUUGAUAAAAGAUGCACCUCUAGAUCCUGAUAAAAGAAAAGCUCAAGAGAAAAAUAUUGUGCAUUGGAUUCCUGAUGCAGAUGUAAGAUUAUGUCCUGGGUGUGCACGAAGUUUUAACUUGUCAAGGAGAAAACAUCAUUGUCGUUUGUGUGGUGCAAUUAUGUGUAACAACUGUUCACGGUUUCUGGAUUUUCCAAGUGCAAAAAAGUUAACUUAUCCAUGUAUGAGUUGGGAAACUCCAGUAACUUCUAAUUCAUAUUCUAAAUCUCUUCAAAGAAGAGGUAGCACUAGUAGCAUUCUAUCUUUAGUCAGUCAGACUGGAGAACCACAUAUUCGUGUCUGUAAAGACUGCAUGACACUGUUAAAUCGACGCGAUCAACAAGUGGAAAGGCAGAAAGGCAAAUCUGUUAUUGCCCAGAUGUAUGAGAAAUUGAAAGAGGAUAUUGAAGAAGCUAAAAAGUUAAUUCCAAUUUAUUGCAAAAAAGCAGAUUCCAUUAAUGCUGGUGAAACAAGAUAUAAUUUAAAAGAUGCUCAAGAUUUACAUGUCAGACUUAAAAAGUUGGCUGAAAGUAUUGAUUUAAUUAGUCGAAAAAUUGCCACACUGGACACCCAAAGUGAAAGUGCACCAAAUCCAAAAGUACUCCAGUUGCAAGGUUGCAUUAGAUUAUCAGCAAGUAACUUUUUAAGAGAACAAAUGUUAAAUCUUCCAACUCUUCCCAGUUCAGAAAAUUUAACAAAAUUACAAGAGGCCCAUAGGCAAAAAGUGCAGCUUCGUAUUCAACAAGAAAAACAAGCUGCCCUAGAAGCCCAACAGAGAAGUCAACAAAAAACACACAAAAGAGAAUUAUCUUCACAUUCUACAGUUUCCACUUCGCCUAAAGAAUCCAUUCAAGAAACUAUUUCCACAGAGACAGGUUGGAUUGCUAACACAAGCGAUCAGAAUGUCAGUGCUAGUGAUGAUCCUAUGGUACAGCAAAUGAAUAUCAUACGUAAUUAUAUAAAACAGGCCCGAAUGGAUCAAAAGUACGAUGAAGUUCAAAUGUUAGAAGCAAAUCUGAAAGAACUGCAGUUGGAAUACAUGAGGCAACAAGAUAAAAAGUAAAGGCUUUUUAAAUACUGUUAAAAACAGUACCUGAAAGGCAGUAUGAAAAUUGUUAUUGUUAUGUUAAAUGUGCAAAUUAUGUAACUUGUUUUGAAAAUUUACUGAAAUAAUAUACAAUAUAAAUUU